AUGCCAAAGUUUAAUGUUACUUCACCCUACCCGCCGCAACAUGGCUUCCUGCUCGACGUUAACGGCAACGGUUACCUCGUCGCUGCCAGCGCGCCCUUCUCGCAGCGCUCGCUCCCGCCGGAAAGCCUGAAAGCCGACCCUCGGAACCCCGAGUUCCCCAACAGCUACCACCUCUACAAGGUCAUCCGCCCGUUCACCGUCAUCAGCGGGCCCAUCGCGCCGUGGUUCGGCCAGCCCGGUUUCGGCUCGCAGUUCUGGACCGGCACGGUGGGCAACAUUGCCAAGCUCAUCAGCGACGGCUACGUUGAGCGGCAGGACCUGCCCGUCCUAGCCACCUAG